GCCCUAUAAAGUUGGCGACGCUCCAAACUUAACCAACAGCAGUAGAGCUCCUUCUUCUAUCCGUAGCUCGUACGUGGCAUCUCCAUCUCACCAACAAUCUUGUUUAGACAAGCAGUGUAAAAGUGACAGCAACAAUGACCGUCGUCGCCGCCGCCGCCGCCGCCGCGGCGCAGGAGCUGCCCGGGCACGGGCAGACCGUGUGCGUCACCGGCGCCGCCGGGUACAUCGCGUCGUGGCUCGUCAAGCUGCUCCUGGAGCGAGGCUACACCGUCAAGGGCACCGUGAGGAACCCAGAUGAUCCGAAGAACGCGCAUCUGAAGGCGCUGGACGGCGCCGCCGAGAGGCUGGUCCUCUGCAAGGCCGACCUCCUCGACUACGACGCCAUCUGCGCCGCCGUCGAGGGCUGCCACGGCGUGUUCCACACCGCCUCCCCCGUCACCGACGACCCCGAGCAGAUGGUGGAGCCGGCGGUGAGGGGCACGGAGUACGUGAUCAACGCGGCGGCGGACGCCGGCACCGUGCGCCGGGUGGUGUUCACGUCGUCCAUCGGCGCCGUCACCAUGGACCCCAACCGUGGUCCCGACGUGGUCGUCGACGAGUCCUGCUGGAGCGACCUUGAAUUCUGCAAGAAAACCAAGAACUGGUACUGCUACGGCAAGGCGGUGGCGGAGCAGGCGGCGUGGGAGAAGGCCGCGGCGCGCGGCGUCGACCUCGUCGUGGUGAACCCGGUGCUGGUGGUCGGGCCGCUGCUGCAGCCGACGGUGAACGCCAGCGCCGCGCACAUCCUCAAGUACCUCGACGGCUCCGCCAAGAAGUACGCCAACGCGGUGCAGGCGUACGUGGACGUGCGCGACGUCGCCGCCGCGCACGUCCGGGUCUUCGAGGCGCCCGGGGCCUCCGGCCGGCACCUCUGCGCCGAGCGCGUCCUGCACCGCGAGGACGUCGUCCACAUCCUCGGCAAGCUCUUUCCCGAGUACCCCGUCCCAACAAGGUGCUCUGACGAGGUGAACCCACGGAAGCAGCCUUACAAGAUGUCCAACCAGAAGCUGCAGGAUCUUGGCCUCCAGUUCACUCCUGUCAACGACUCUCUGUACGAGACGGUGAAGAGCCUCCAGGAGAAGGGGCACCUCCCGGCGCCGAGGAAAGAUAUCCUCCCAGCGGAACUGGACGGUGCAACAGCGUGAUGGUGCUGAAGAAACAGCGCGGUUCACGUUUUUCUGUAACGCGGUGGGACAUCGUAUGUGGUCUGUUUGUGUAUACAUUCUAUCUAAUAUCGUGUUAUUUAAGUGGACUAAGCAAAUAUGGUAAUGUAUCGGCUUCGAUGAUCGACACUUAAAAGUGAGCUUUCGCAAACUA